AUGAGUGUCGUAUCAAUCAAUGAGUUCAUCUCCUUAUUAGCAAAUUUCCCCAUCUUUGCCUACUUAUUCUCCUUUGUUCAAGAUAUUAUUAUUUCAAUAUUGAAAACAGGUCCGAUUCCCAAACAUGUCGCCAUGAUCAUGGAUGGAAAUAGAACCUUUGCCAAAAAAAGGAACUUGUCUUUGAAACAGGGCCACACUGCUGGUGCUGAAAGUUUGGUCAAAGUAUUGGAUACUUGUUUCAGAUUAGGUGUCAAGGUGGUGACUAUCUAUGCUUUCUCUAUUGAAAAUUUCAAUAGAUCUAAGGAAGAAAUCGAUACAUUGUUCGGACUACUCAGAGAUAGGUUAAAGUUGUUAGCUGAAAAUGAAAACAGUUAUUCCAGAGUCAACAUGAUCAAAAUUAGAAUCAUAGGUAACAAAUCAAUGAUACCAGAAGAUAUUCUUCAAGAUUUAGAGAAGAUCGAAGAUAAAACAAAUCUUGAAACCAGUGAAAAGAUUUUGAAUGUUUGCUUUCCUUAUACUUCAAGAGAUGAUAUAGUUCAUUCUAUUAAACAAACCAGUCAUCAAAGAAUGAAUGGUUUGAUUAACAAAGAUAGUAUCACCCUUGAUUAUGUAACUGAUAAUAUGUAUUUUGGUCCUGACAGUUUACCGUUAGAUAUUAUGAUAAGAACUAGUGGACAAACAAGAUUGAGUGAUUUCAUGUUAUGGCAAUGUAAUUAUAAUUGUACUAUUGAAUUUGUUGAUACUUUAUGGCCCGAUUUUAAAUUCCUAUCAUUGAUUAUGAUUUUGAUGAAAUGGGGAUACUAUAAAACCUUGGAAAUGGAAUCAGAAAUGAAUAAGUUAAAUGAAAAGGAUGAGAAGGAGUUUGUUGAUAUUUUAAAAGAGUUACCUCCCCACCCUCCUCAUAAAUCUGUUACUGACAGGAAAUGA